GCAUGACGCAAUCUGAUCUGAAAUCAAAUCGCUGCGAUGAGUUUUGUAAGGAGCGCGGAUAAAGGGCGGUCCAGAAAAGCUGCAGAUUCCUCGCUGCGCAGACGAGGGGGUGGGGAGCUGAAACUGGGAGGAGAAAACGGGGAUUUGGGAAUAUUCUUUGUCCUCGCCCAGUUAGCGCAGCACCACUGGAGAAGCAGCUGUCUCCUCGAAGCAAAAGAAGGAAAAAGAAACAACUUGAAGGGCUUCAAAUUUGGCGCAAAGGGGCUUAAGAUCCAGACAUCCAACUGAAGACAACUUUCAGGAACCAGAAGAGAUUCUGAAGGAUUUAUAACUUCCUUCAUCCGGCAGCAAAAUGAGCUGGAGCUUCCUCACUCGUCUGCUGGAUGAGAUUUCUAAUCACUCGACCUUCGUGGGCAAAAUCUGGCUCACCUUCCUCAUCGUCUUCCGGAUCGUGCUGACGGCGGUUGGCGGCGAGUCGAUCUACUACGAUGAACAGAGUAAAUUUGUGUGCAACACACAGCAACCCGGUUGUGAGAACGUUUGCUACGACGCGUUUGCUCCCCUUUCGCACAUUCGCUUCUGGGUGUUUCAGGUGAUCAUGAUCACCACGCCCACCAUCUUGUACCUCGGGUUUGCCAUGCACAAGAUCGCCCGCAUGGACGACGACGAAUACAGGCCACAGGGCAGAAAGAAGAUGCCGAUAGUGAGUCGGGGCGCCAACCGGGAUUACGAAGAGGCGGAGGAUAACGGUGAGGAGGACCCCAUGAUCCUCGAGGAGAUCGAGCCGGAUAAGGAGAAGGAAGUUGCAGAAAAGCCAAAAAAGAAGCACGAUGGCCGACGUCGCAUCAAGAGAGACGGACUGAUGAAGGUCUAUGUCUUCCAGCUGCUGUCCCGUGCUGUCUUUGAGGCGGCAUUUUUGUUCGGGCAGUACGUCCUCUAUGGGCUGGAGGUGGCGCCAUCUUACGUCUGCACGCGCUCUCCUUGCCCGCACACGGUGGAUUGCUUCAUUUCUCGUCCCACUGAGAAAACCAUCUUCCUGCUCAUCAUGUACGGUGUCAGCGCGUUGUGCCUCUUCUUCACCAUGCUGGAGAUCUUUCAUCUUGGCCUCAGCGGGAUUCGGGACUGCUUUUGCCGGCCGCGGCCUCGCUCUCGAGCCCCUCGCCCCCCGCCGCCGGCCAGCCAGAGGUCCUCGAUCUGCCGCCAGCCAUCUGCACCUCCAGGGUACCACACCGCCCUGAAGAAGGACCCGAACGGGAAGAUGGGCUUCAGGGAUAACUUCGGAGACUCGGGUCGCGAAUCUUUUGGUGAUGAAACAUCAUCUCGGGAGCUGGAGAGGCUGCGCCGACACCUGAAACUGGCUCAGCAGCACCUGGAUUUGGCAUACCAAAACGAGGAGAACAGCCCGCCCCGCAGCAGCAGCCCGGAGUCCAACGGCAUUGCAGUGGAGCAGAACAGACUAAACUUUGCCCAGGAGAAGCAAAGCAGCACCUGUGACAAAGGUCUGCGUGCGUAAACACAAACGAUGAGAACAAAAAGGGAAGUGAUGGACUUGCUUGAGGUGGAUGAAGACCCCAAGCCCUCCAGUAUUACAUCCCACUGUGCAGAACUCCACGUGGCAGACCCAAAGUGCUUAUUAACUGCCGUCAUGCAACAGAAGUGGUAAAGGUUGACAUGUACAUCUCCCUCAGGGCAGCUAACUGUUAGAUACUAUAUGGAUAUUUUAUUAAGAAACUUGGAGCUUCUUGUCAUUUCUAUCUUUUUUAUUAUUAUUAUUGUUUUGGUCGGUGUGUAAAUCUCAAGUUUGCCUUUAGACUUGAACUGGAAUUUUGUUACGGAAAGGCCAAGCCAGUCGUUUUGUAAUGUUUGUACUUAGUGAGAGUGAGUUGGUUGAUUGUAGAAGCGAGCAAAAGGUUGAACAGGGCGCCUCAAAACAAACACCGGUACUGGGAGUUGUGAUCUUAUGAAGACUGUACAAGAUGUUGAUCAUCACACAACAAGGGCUUCUCUCGAGUGUCUUUUUUUUAAACGUCAGUGUUGAUCCGGAACUGGUCAACACUUCCAAUCCUGGAACCUGUGGCCUGUACUGCGCAGCUGUAGUUCUGUUUCUUCACAGAUUUCAGGACUUCAGAUUUCCAAGAUCAAAGUGAAACUUCUGAGCAAAUGAUCAAACUCCUUAAGGCUUUGGUGUUAUGCUUUACAGUGUAGAAUAUUUUGAUUUCUGUGCUGUCCAGAAUUGGUCUUCAGUAUCAAUUCUGUCUUCCUUGCAUCCUCUCCUUUCCUGUGAUGCUGCUACUUUCCCUCGUCUUUGCAGGCUUUCAAUCAGUCCCUUCUUGUUUUGGUUGAAUUUACGGUAAAUGGUUUUACAGUGGGUAGAGCUAACUACAGAGGCUGCAUGAAAAGGGAAGAAAACUAGGAAGCAAUAACGGAAGGACAAAAUGUAGUAAAACCACAAAGGACAAGAAUGAUACAAGGAAUGAUUGAAAGAAGCAAGGACUGAUGGGCAGACGGCAAUCAUCAAGGAAAGUAGCAACAUAACAGGCGAGAGGAAGCAAGGAAGACUGUAUGGGAGACAAUCCGGGAAAUACUGAAGACCAAUUCAAGCUGGGACAGGAAUCCAACGAAUCUAAUCUACUUAGAUUCUUUGGACAUAGAUUAUUUGGAUUCCUGAGCUAUCUAGAAUUGAUCUUCAGUAUUUCAAUGUUCUGACCUGUAUUGUGUAAAUUUUCCAUCAUGUCUUCCUCGUAUCAUUCCCUUUCUUUCCUGGGCUGUUACUGCUUUAUCUCGUCGUUGCAAUCUUUCCAUGGGCUCCGUCUUUCUGUCCUUGUGUCCUUGGAUUGUUGAAUCUUUGCUCAAUCUUGUGCUCUGGAAAGCGUCACGUUUCCGGCGGCAUUCGGUGAGCUCUCGCUGGUCCUUGAAAAUCCAGGGGAGAAGGUGUAAAUCUCACGCCACAUCGUACCCGUAUCCACAGCAGGUCUCCAAGGUGAACAGUCUUUAGCAUGUUGGAUCCAGGGGGUUAAGGGAAGUCAGCAAGUCAAAUCUGUAACUUCGGUAUAAAGACAGUUAUUUAGUUCUACCCUUUGUAGAACCAUUUGCUGUAAAUUCAGUGAACUUCAGUUCAACAAUCUUCUUAGUUGUUUACGUUCAAUAAAGUUUUUCUGUGCAUCCAUGUCUGCAUCUUGUAUCUUAGUUGGUUUUUCUGUGUGCUCUCUUAGCGUGGAGCUGUUUCUGUUUUGCUGCUCUGUACAUUCUCAGUCAGGAUGAAGGAAUCUUGAAGCGAUGAACCUUGUUCGCAGUACAGGCCUCUUUUAUAGGUAACUGGAACACUUGAGGUACCUUUGUCCAAAGGAACAAACAAACCUGGGUAAUGCUUGAAAUAAAAGAACCAUGUAACUCUUGAUAUUGCCAUGUAUUGUUUUGAAAUGUUUGAUACUGUUCUUUAUUUUUGUAUUCUGAGUAUUGUUGUUAAACGUUCACUACUGUCUCUGCUUUCCGUGGCUGGAUUCUGAGAGUGAACCUGUUCGGUACAGUUUGAAAGAUAAAGUGCAGCAGUUUUUUGUUUUUCUUUUGGUUUCUGUUUGGAUCAACCUGUUGCUUCUUUUCUUCGGUACAUGUUUUUUGUGACCAUGAAAUGUUUACUUCUGCCGCACCUGCCUGUUCAGUUGUCUGUUAGUUUAAUAAUAGAAGAAGCUGUGUGCCACUUCACCAUCUGCUAAGUGCUAAUUUUCUGGAGCUUGUUGUUCCAGACCUGAGAGGAUGGUUGCAAAAAAAAACUGCUACAAUGUGAAUUUCUUCUUUGAUUGCACCAACUUUUGUAUUCAGAUUCAUAACCACAGUGCCAUUAGUACACCUUAAAUAUCGUCAUCUCAGAUAUUUUCUGAUCAACUUUUUUUGUACUUUUAUACGUUUUUGUAUUGACCAGUACUUUGUGGUUUCUAAAAUAAACAUUUUUACAAUCAGU